ACGGAGUUGCCUUGACCCCAAGGUGCGUUCCCACGCGAGAGGGAGCCUCAAAGUUCUGCGCGCUUUUGCGCGCUUGGUGCGGAGUGGCCCGUUGCGCGCCCCCCUCGUGAACCGGGGACCAAGAACGGAAACAUGAGGUAUGUCAGCACCCGAGGAGGAGCCGGAAGUGUCGAUUUUGAAGGUGCUCUUUUAUCGGGCUAUGCAAGUGAUGGUGGUCUUUUCAUGCCUCAAAAAAUCCCGGCUUUAGACUCUGCCACACUUCGAAAAUGGAGCAGCUUCUCUUACCCAGAACUGGUGAAGCAAUUGUGCUCUCUCUUCAUUUCGCCUGAACUUAUUCCGGAAGCGGAACUGAAUGACCUGAUUGACAGAGCAUUCAGCAGGUUCAGGCACAAAGAUAUUGUUCACCUGACGAGACUGGAGAAGGGCUUGAACGUUCUGGAGUUGUGGCACGGUGUAACGUACGCGUUCAAGGACUUAUCGUUGUCCUGCACGGGGCAGUUCCUACAAUAUUUCCUGAAGAAGAAGAAGAAGCAUGUCACAAUUCUAGUGGGGACUUCAGGGGAUACUGGGAGUUCAGCCAUCGAAAGUGUCCGGGGUGAAAAGAAUGUGGACAUAUUUGUUCUGCUGCCACGCGGCCUCUGCACUCAGGUGCAAGAGCGGCAGAUGACGACAGUGAUUGAAGACAACGUCCACGUGUUUAUCACUGAAGGCAACAGUGAUGAAAUUGAUGAGCCCAUCAAAGAACUGUUUGCGGAUGAGGAUUUUUCAAGAAGACACAACCUGAUGAGUCUGAAUUCGAUCAACUGGUCCAGAAUUAUGGUGCAGAUCGCUCAUUUUUUCUACGCCUACUUCCGGUGUGCUCCAUCUAUGGAUGCUACUCCGCUGCCAGUUGUGGAGGUGGUUGUUCCAACUGGGGGAGGAGGAAAUCUCACAGCUGGAUGUCUUGCACAGAAGAUGGGGCUCCCCAUUGAUCUUGUGGCAGUGGUAAAUGACAACGAUGUGGUACACAGAGCUAUCCAACAGGGUGAUUUCUCAUUGUCCAGGUCUGUGAAGUCAACACUGGCUUCAGCAAUGGAUAUUCAGGAACCUUACAACAUGGAAAGGGUCUUUUGGCUGUUCUCUGGCUCAGACAGCAACUUGGUCCGAAGUGUGAUGGAAGAAUUUUACUCCGCUAAAAAAGUCCAGCUCCCGUCCCAGUUGCAAAAGAAGCUUUCUGAAGGUCUGAAGUCUUGCUCAGUCUCUGAUGAAGAAAUUGUCCAAGCCAUGAGACGCUGCUGGCAGGACAACCGCUAUCUCCUCUGUCCCCAUUCCGCCACUGCUGUUUGCUACCAUUAUAAGCAUUCCAGUCGCCAUCCAAACACUUCCAGGUGUUGCUUGGCUCCUGCCUCCCCUGUGAAGUUUGAAAAUGCCAUUCUUAAAGCCGAUCUCACCCUCGACAUCUCGCCUGAGAUACGGAAGCUGAAAGACAUGGAGACCAGAUCUUGUGCCCUGAAGAGAGGCGAUGACUGGGCAAAACUACUGCGGCAGCAAAUAGAAGCAGUUGCGAAACAGAGAAAUUCUAAGCCGAGCUGAACAUUUGCAACGAGUCCCCUAGUUGAUUGCUCCAUCAAAGCCUCCUACUUCUGUGCAAGGCAUAUGAUAAGAAAGCUGGCGCUGCUUUCGCUAAUGAAUAAAGCAUAGUUGUGUCACAGUU